UGUCCCCCUUUGUGGCGGAGAGCACUUGUGAACUGCCUCGGUUCGCCGAGCUACGGAGGACGGCAGAGGCAUGUUUGCCCAGGUUGCGCUCAGCCUGCUUCGCAGCAGGGCAGGAGGCUCUUCGCUUCGUCCUCACUUAAUCCGGAAUAUUCAGUGUCGAGCGAACCAUUGGCAGUCUUCUCUUCUUGGACUGAGGGCAGCUCUACCCAUGAGAGCAGAACCGAAGAAGAAGAAAAAGGUGGAUCCAAGGAGAGAAUCAGCCAUUAAGGACCGAAUGAAGAAGAAGAUAAAAAGAUUAGAGAAAGCCCCUCAAGAACUGAUUCCCAUUGAAGAUUUUAUAACACCGUUCAGAUUCAUGGAUGAAGCAAGGGUGCGAGCCCCCACUCCGCUGGCCUUUGAGGAAAGCGAGAGGCGAGCCCUGCUCAUGAAGAAGUGGGCGCAGUACAGGCAAAAGCAGCACAAGGCCGAGAUGUGUACAAUCAAGUCCCUUGUGGAUGCCCAGGAAGCGGCACUGAAGGAACUAAGGCUGGAGUCGGAGGAACUGUAUCAGGCGGCCAUUCGGCGAGAUGACGGGCUGUUUCCGUUUGAGAGGCAGGAGCCUACACUGACCCCACCACUGCAUCCCUACGAGGCCCCCGAAGGGAAGUGUAAUGACAUCACGAAAGUAUAUACACACUGAUUGGGAAGAUUGGACGAGGCUCUGUUCAGAAACUCCUUGUCACUUGACGAAUCAUUGUUGAAACAAAUUGAACACGCACCAAGAACAAACUAAUAUUUUUGGGGUGGGGGGGCGCUUUAGAAGAGGGUACACUCUAGGCACCCAAUAUCCUGAUCUAGUUGAAGAAAAAGCAUGUUAUAUAUAUAACCAAUCUUUCAGAUUCAUAUAUGUCAAUGUGGGACUGUACCAUUCUAUUGGGAAUUCGUAGAUUUUUACAGGACGACUGAGUCACCCUAGCAAACUUUCCUGACUGAUUGGCAGGAUAUACAUUUUAGAAAGAAAUAAAAUGCCCAGGAUGAAAUGAGUAAAUUUACUAUGGCUAUGUACGGAGCAGUGAGAACAGAUGAUUUGGGCUGUUUCGGGGGUAGUGUGGCUGUUAUCCUUGAGCGUAUUUGGUAAAUCUCGUCCAUCUUUUAAAUUAAAAUGCUUUUGUCUUUUGUCUCUAGUAUGGACUUUUUGAAGACAGCACAUGAUAAGCCAUUAUUUUUUCAUCGUAAAAUAAAACGUUCCUCACCAUGUGGCUGUUUAAUCUGAAGCAGCAA